UAUGGCCGUGUUAGGCCCUUGUGUAAGUGUAAAUAUGAAUGGGCACAAUAAUAUACAUAGUCAGUUAACAAAGUCUCUAGAAAGAAUAUUAGAAGAUGCUUACUUAAGUGGUGAAUUAAAACUCAGUGGACGUAAAUUGCGUGAGUUCCCAAAACCUGUGAAAUUCGAUUUGAGCGAUACAGUUGUUGCUGAUUUGUCCAAGAAUCGAUUCAGUGAGGUGCCCGAUGAACUGACUACGUACGUGUAUUUAGAGAAGUUACUACUGUCCCAAAACAUCAUCAAAAGUGUACCUGAUUCCGUUGGAGGCCUACAGUCUCUCACAUAUUUAGAUCUCAGCUCAAAUCAACUGACGGAUCUGCCAAGAGAAGUAUGUCAGAUGCCACUUCAGGUUCUUCUUUUACAAGACAACUUGCUAACGAGCCUUCCAAAGGAGAUUGGCAAGAUGUCGUCGUUAGCCGAGCUGGAUGCGUCCAACAACAGACUUACGCAGAUCCCCAUGACUCUGGGUGACUGUGCAGGCAUGCGAGCAUUAGACCUAAGUAACAAUCAGCUGGGACUGUUACCAUUACAAAUUACAUAUUUAAGACUGGAAUAUCUGGACGUCAGUUGCAAUUGUAUUUCGUCGCUUCCCUUGGAAAUGCGAAAUAUGACCACGCUCAUCACAUUAAAUCUAGACAACAAUCCCCUCGUAUCACCACCCACUACUAUUUGUAUGCGCGGGCGUGUGCAUAUAUUCAAAUAUUUGGAGAAUAUGGCGAAUAAGGAUUCCUUGCCAGCGCACAGAAGGGUUGAGGAGACAAAACGAACAGCUAAACAUAGCUCUUAUAUCAGUACCUCACCCAACCAGAGUACUACCCACCAGAUUUCGUCUGGCAACGCCACGAUAGACUGUCUUCGGCACAAGCCCCGCCAUGUUAUUGAUAGUGGAUACUGCACCGACGGCGUGGAUAAGAGGUGGUCCAAUGACGGCGGCGGAGAGGCAGGCGGAGGGGGCGGGUCAGGACGAUCGACUCCGAGUACACCUUCGACUCUGUCUCCCGGCGCGGCACUUUCAAGGGCACAAUCGCUCUCCAGCGAAACACCGCUAGCUCCACUCACGCCUCUCCUCACCGGCCUCCGUAUAUCACCCGAAGGGAACCUUUCCAAUGGCGACGAUAAGAAUAAGUUAGCUCAUCAGCAAACCUACAGACAAUACAAAGAAGCCUUAAGACAGCAACGCCAGCAAGACAUUUACCGACCCCGAACGGACCAACACUCCCCAGAACUAGACUCCACUCCUCAUUCCCAGAACCAAAGUCCGGUCCACUCGAUGUCCUCCCCUCAUUCACCAGUCAACGGCUACAGUAACGUAUCACCUAGUCUUUACAACCGUACCUUAUCUUCCAACUCUAGUAUCUCUACCUCAUCACCUAAUUCAUCUCAAGUGCCAAACUCCCCCCUCCUACAUUCUACUCCAAGAAGGUUCCAGAAUCAAAACGGGAAUAGUGAGAAGGAAGAGAAUAAACGGCCAGUUCAAAAAGUUGUACCAUCGAGGAAUGUGAACAAGAUGUAUUCAACUGUCAACGGAAACAUAGACUACAAUCGAGUUAACGGUUCAAACGAGAUGUAUAUAAAACCAACAUCACCUACGAAGUCUCCAACGAAUACUUUAGGAUACAAUAGUAUAGGAAAGUCGAGUAUACCGAGGCAGGUGAACGGUGAUAACCUUAAAUUGCUAACGACAACCGUGUCGUAUUUAAAAGGUGCAGCACCAAAACCUCCUGGCAAGAUGGCGUGGACCAAGGACGCGGCUCCCGAUAAACUCAGCUUCACUAUGAAGAGGGAGUUCGAUAAACAGAAAGAAGAAGAAGAUCUGUUGCUUCAAUUACGAACGAUAAUCGAGAGCCGGCUGAAGAUGUCGCUGCCGAGCGCGCUGCCGGCCGUGCUGGCGGACGGGGUCGUGUUGUGCCACCUCGCCAACCACGUGCGCCCGCGGGCCAUCGCCUCCAUACACGUGCCCUCUCCCGCGCAGCCCAAAUUAACAAUGGCUAGAUGCAGACGAAAUGUUGAUAAUUUCUUGGAAGCGUGCCGUAAAAUUGGAGUUGAAGAGGAGGCCAUCUGCUCGCCCGAAGACAUUCUGGGGUUCCACCUGGAGGGCGGCGAGGGCGGCUCCCUCGCUUCCCUGGCGGCCACCCUCGCCGCCCUCGUCACCCUUACCACCCCUGCCACACACGCCACACAUGCCACACUCGCCACGCCCUCGCUGCGCGACCCUAACGAUAUCCCAUCACACCCCAAUCACUGUGACCUCGACAACGACGGCGACGACACGGAAUUUAUCGAAGUCAACUACUACAAACGACAGAUGAAGAGGUAUUCCGAGGAACGAUUCGUCAGCAAUUUCAAUAAUCUCGAAAACGAUACCAUAGACGAAGCUGAGGAGUACCUACUCAACUAUGAAAAUAACAACAUGGAAUCGCAGAAUGUUCAAGUACAGUAUUCUCCAGUAUACACAGAAGGAUUGAGAAGCAGGGGACCAUAUUACCAAAAGAAUAGAAUUCAAUUUGUAACGCCAUUUUAUAAAGAUCAUAUACUUAAAAGCGAGAAUUUCGAAAUUUACGAUACAGACGUAGUGGAUUUUCCAAUGGAAUUGAGACAGGAGGAAAUUGAUGCGGCUAGAUACGAUAGGACAAAAAUGAAUCUCGAUAUUCAAAACAAUUUGAACAGGGAAUUGACAACAGAGACUGAGCCUGCUAGAGCUGAUGAAGACGCCAACAGAGUAUUUUACACUUGUCUAUGCCUCGGCACAUUUGUUGUGUCUACGAUUUUGUUAAUUUUAUACCCUUUGUAAAUUUAUUUUCUGGAUAUUUUACCUUAUACUCAGAUACGUCUGUGGUGCAAAUUAGAUUGUAUGAAGUUACGGACUGGUAGUGCACUAUAGAAUAGAUAUAAUGCACAUUGUGAUGAUAGAUGGGUACGAAGAGUAGUAUUAUUGGUCGUGGUGUAGUUGAAUAAUUUCGAAGUAUAGAUUACCGCCUAGUAUGAAAUGGGGAAGUUAGCAAGGCUUUAUUAACUGCGUUUACAAUUUUUACAUUCUUUAUUAGUGUAUACAAUUUUUAUUAAUAUUUAAACAAUAAUUGAAACAUGGUCAAACUAUGUUUUCAGAGUUCCAUGGAAUAAAGGAAUAAAAUUAUGUCUUAUUUCUAUGUUUAAGGGGCAUUCAUUUUAAUUUUAUUUCUAACAAAGUUAGAAAAAUAAUAAAAAACAGCCUACUGUCGCAACAAAGAACAAGUGAAAGAAGAAGUGCACUAAUUUUACAUAAAAAAAUAAUCUCUUAGAACUUUAUUUAAUUGAACAUGAAAUUUUAAUAUUAGUAGGCUUGGAAAAGUAUCCAUUCAUGUUUUGUAGGAACUUAUUUUUUUUUACCAGUAAAUCAUGAUCGUGUGAAAAGAACGCUUAUGAAUUUUUAAACCUGUGUAAAAGUACAAGUUUCUGGGGAUCAAACAAAUAUAAUCUUAUUACAUCAUACUUUAGAAAUAUAGUAUUAACAUAGUUCUUUAUUCCCUGGAAUUUCAAUUGAAUGUAGUGCCGCUAAUGCCUUAUUCUGAUCACAGUCUGACUGUGGUGAAGACCACUAGGUCUUAUUAGAAAUUUGGUCUAUUUCUUGUCAUAUUGAAUUUUUAAAAGUCUGAUGCGAGGAAUUUUUUAGGUUUAGAAAUGGAGAGGCUAGUGUACUGUAGGGUUAUUGCAGUUUCUUGACUGGUGUAUAGACAGGAUUUUAAAUGUAUACCAGAAUGGAAGCUUCCAUUAUAAAUGUCACAAGUUGGCGAUUGGCGCGUAAGGUAGUUUAUUUUAUACUUGCGACUAGUCCCGGCUUCGCACGGAUGCAUUACAUAUCUUUGAAUUUUCCUAUUUUUUUAAUUCCCUAUGGUUUGUUCUAUACUGUAACACACAUGUUUUAUACAUAUAAAUCUUCCUCUUGAAUUAGUCUUCUAUUGCGGUUAACUGCAUUCCGUAAAUCCGUUGCGUAAUUUAAAAGAUGUAUCAAAAGUUUACUAUAAAUUAUUAGUUGUUAAAGGAAAAUGACACUGUUGUUAAAACCUUUUUGUUGGGACUUUUCCCGAACAAAAUGGCUUUAAGUAAAUACAUUGUAAUUUCAUUUUUAAUUACCAAUCCUUCGCAGUCGCUUCACAUUAAUCUUAUUAUUACUCGAAUUAUUAUUAUUAUUGAUUAAAAAAUUACUGAUGAUGUAUGAUUCAACUUAUUGCAAGUAUCAACUAGUGUGAGUAUUUUUACUGGAAGCUCUUUUUAAAAAGGGACUGUUUAAUGAAAGUGUGGUGUGUUUUAUCAGUAGAGAAGGUUUAUGCAGAUCUAGUGACUAAUACAAGGGUGAACAAUACGAAACAAAUAUUAUGUUCUUGUUCCGAAUUACCUGCAUAACUAUGCUAUAGAUUAUAAUUGAUACGAAUGAGGCUUUGAUAAAAUUGUUGUGUGCUGUUUAUUGUAGUCGUGUAAUUGGUAUAGAAAAUUCCAACAUGAUAUAAAUUCAUUCCGAUUAGAUGCAUUUAAUUUUUUUCUUAGGUUAAUUAGGUUUACGAAUUUGUCUAUUGGUUACGCCUAGUUGUCGAGGUUUAUCUUUUUUUUUAUGUACAAAAGAUCUCAGUAUUGUUGUUGUGUUCAAAUGCUAUAUAUUACGUGUCGUUUUAAAAGCGU